AUGGCAAAAAACAAUUUAGGGUUUUCAACAAUUGAAAGUUACACAAAAAGUUCAGCUUUAGAAUUCAUACAAUUAAACUUGAAAAUACUAGAAUUACAAAAAUGGUAUUGGGAUAUAAAGGAUGGUGUUGAGAACGAAGUUUCUCUUCAGUUCAAGUCUGCCGAUGAAAGAAAUGUUCAAAGAUCAAUAUCGUCAUCUACUUAUAGACCUAUUACAGAAUCACAUCCUUUAGCCAUUUAUACAAGUCGAUUGCUAAGUUUUCCUAAUUUAUCUAGACCAGUAAGACUUCCAUCCAGCAGAAGUAAUUCAAAUAAAGCUUAUAAAACUGAAAAAAUAGAUUAUGUUACACGUGCGUUUGAAGACGAGCUUGUAUAUGAACCUGAAAGUAAUUUAAGUACAAGACGAAUAGAUCUAGAAGAGAUAUCAGAAGAGAUAUUAUCUGAAGUGACUUUUGAACCAGAAAUAAUUGAAGAAGAGUAUGUUACAAGACAAUAUGAUAUUGACCUUGUUUGA